AGCCCAAUUUGCACAACUUAUUUUUAGUAAUCCUAGUAGCCGGCUGUCAAAAUUUCCAGGUUCCUCUUUUGGCUCUAUAACUUUGUUCCUCAUCUUAGAUUCUCCUCAAGCUCUCGACAAUAAUGGCUGCUUGCUUGAGUUGCCUCCACUCACCUCCAGCUCUAAGGCUCCAACUCCAGGUGGUGCUAGUCGCAUUAGAUUUCUGUCUAAAGGCCUGUCCAAAGGCCGAUGCAGGCAGAGUGGCACCACUUGGGGCCAGGCCCGCUUUUUACAACCUUGCUUCAGUGGGAACAGAAGAUGGUGCUUCUCUUUCCCUGGUUUCAUUUCUGAUUGCAGCCUGCAGCUGGGAUUUUGACAUCAAUGAAAUUGUAGAUAAACAUGGUUUUGACACAUGAAUGAGAUGACUCAGUAGCUCAUCAAAAGAGCAGUUAAGGUAUAUCGAUCAGUUGCUUAUCUAAUAUGCAAGAUAGGGACAAGAAACAGAAGCAAUCCCAGGAUGAAAAAUCUCAU